AUGUACUUCUUCCUCUUCAACCUCGCCCUCCUCGACCUUGGCUCCAUCUCCACCACUGUCCCCAAAUCCAUGGCCAAUUCCCUGAGGAACACCAGGUCCAUUUCCUACUCAGGAUGUGUUGCCCAGGUCUUCCUGGUUAUCUUCUUGUUUUCAGCAGAGUAUUAUCUUCUCACUGUCAUGGCCUAUGACCGCUAUGUUGCCAUCUGCAAACCCCUGCACUAUGGCACAAUCAUGGACAGCAGAGCUUGUGUCAGAAUGGCAGCAGCUGCCUGGGCCAGUGGUUUUAUCAAUGCUGUGCUGCACACUGGGAACACAUUUUCAAUACCACUCUGCCAAGGCAAUGCUGUGGACCAGUUCUUCUGUGAAAUCCCCCAAAUCUUCAAACUCUCCUGCACAGACUCCUACCUCAGGGAAGUUGGACUUAUUGUGGUUAGUGUCUUUUUAGUCUUCUGGUGUUUCAUUUUCAUUGUGCUGACUUAUGUGCAGAUCUUCAGGGCUGUGCUGAGGAUCCCCUCUGAGCAGGGCCAGCACAAAGCCUUUUCCAUGUGCCUCCCUCACCUGGCCGUGGUCUCCCUGUUUGUUGUGACUCUCACGUUUGCCUACCUGAAGCCCCCCAAUUUUUCCUCCCCAGCUCUGGAUCUAGUGGUGACUGUUCUGUAUUCGAUGGUGCCUCCAGCAGUGAACCCCCUCAUCUACAGCAUGAGGAACAAGGAGCUCCAGGAGUCAGUGAGGAAACUGUUCCAGCUGGUACAAGUACAGCAGCCAUAG